GACAGGGGCCCCGGUUAGCACCGCUUAUGUAUAUGAUGAUUCAGCGCUUUAAUUUAAGCUACUCGCUGAGUCAUCAUAGCACUGUUAUUGCACGUUGACACCUAGACAUGUGGUAGACAACUUUUGUUAUGAACUAGGUAUGCUUGUUGUCCAUCCUGCAAGUUGGUGUGAUGUCUGCCUCGAUCUCUACUCUAUCUCUUCAGACCCCGCUAAUUCUCCACAUGCAAUCGCUUGCGGUCACAUUUUCUGUCUCACGUGCCUUCGCUCUUUAUUACCAAGUGCAUGUCCACUUUGCCGCAAACCUUUCCAGGCAGAUCGUAUCAAGAAACUCCACCUUGCGAAUCCACCCGAACUAGAUAAUGCUGCACAGGACGCUAUCGAUGCUCAUGCCAGUCUCCUCCUCCAGCGCAUAGCUCUCGUCUCAGGUGAAGAGACGCCUGAGCCAGAUGUCGUCGAAGUGGUCACCGAAGUACAGGAAUGGCUGCAGUCUCAACCAGACGAUCCCAGUUCUCAUAUGGCUCUUCGGGCUGCCGUGUCUUCCCUUCAGCGAUACAAAGCUCUUCAAGAUCAGAGCGAGCGUGAAAAAGCAGAAUAUCGUCGCCUCCGAAGCCAACUUCGGAACAACAAGCGAAAUGCAGACCACGACUCCAAAACAUCUCGUGCAGUGGAAGAAAGUCUGCUUUCCAGGAUUCAAGAAAUUGAGAAUGAACAUGCUCUAGAGCUGUCCCAAUUACAUGCUGAGCUAGAAAACCUUAGAAACCCGCAACCCCGAUAUCGCAACACCAGCAACCCCCUCCCCCCGCCUCCUGAGCCCUUGCCGAUCGAUCGGUUCCCAACCUUUGCAAGGCCCGGUGGGGGUCUCGAUACUCUCUUAGGCGGCGCCGUUCCAUACCCCGCACCACCCCCGCGGGAUAACGCCACUCAAGUUAAUGGCGAAGCCCACGCCUCAGGAUCUAAGGGGGCGAGGUCAUCCCACAAGCCAAUUUUUCAUCCCCCUAAGCCCCCACCCAUAUCCAAUAUCAGACCUCCCGAGGCUCCUCGGGUAGAAGAACACUGGACAGACGACACGCGACGGCCCCGUGUAUCAUCCAUACACAGCCGCGCACCUGAGUCUCAGUCAAAAAUAAACAUCUCGACCCGCGGAGCGCACAUCCCUCCAAGCACUGUCCGUGUCAAUUCUUCUCCUACCUGGGCAGCACGUCCCCUCGUCGUUGAGGAUCGGCGAUCUGACGACGAGAGAGAGCUAAGACGCAAAGAGAAGAGCAGUAUUAGUAUCAGCACAGACGUAACGAAUGAUCUGUCCACGCGGCUAGCCUCUGCCGCAGCUUACGUCUCAGGCUAUGGCUCAGGAUACGAAUCAGGGUACCAGCUGAUGAAUGCUCCGUACAUGUCGUCGGCUGGUGGCAACGAAAGGGCCUUUCCGUUGUUAGAGAUGCAAUCACCAGAACCAGUCACAGAUAUUCUGGGCUUAGCCGGCUCGUCUGGAGAAGAUCAUACGACGCCUGUGCCUCGAGCGCGACCCGUUCCCAGACGGGCUGUAACUGACACAGCUCGAGUGGAUAAUAUUUCUACGGGUUAUCCAAACGUACCUUCGCUUGGAUCGCCAUCACCUGAGAAUGGUAUGCGACGUCGAGCGACGGUGCAAAACGUUGGUCAGGCGGCCCGAGCGAAGAAUACUUCCAGAGGUCUUUCGGAUGUGCCUUUGCUUGGUACGCCACCGCCUGAUAUUGGUGUGGGACGUCGAGCGGCGGUGCAAAGUGUUGGCCAGGUUCUUGGUUUCGAUGUUGGGUCAUUGACGUCGAAUGGAAAUGUAGCAGCAGGAUCUGCACGUUUGAAUGACAGCGCAGCUGGUUCUGCCCGUCUCAACGACAGUGCACCGUUCCGUCCCACCGGCACGCAAAUCCGCAUGCCCAGACCCCGACCACUUAUCCCUUCCCUAGAUACAACACUGGACACAGACAGCCCAGGAAGCGUCACUACGUGGGGAACCAUGUCCACCUCACGGGAAGGCAGCAUGGAUCACCUAGGCCUCCUGGGGCUGCACAACGGGGGCGUGCGUGGGCAGGGGAGCGUUGCCGGCGAGUCUAUACUAGGUCGCCUAGAAUCAGACGAAGAUAACACAAAUGAAGAAGGAGAAGAUAUCAGCGUGGCGCCCGUCAUACCAAUGUCUACCGCUGGACCGGAUGCAUUGGGUCUUAUUCUUGAAGAUGGAGGGGAUGCGGAUUAUGCAGUGCGUGAUGAGGAGUGGAGGUAUCGUGCGCAGUCUUCGUAUGCUGCGAGUCGGACUUCUUUUCCACCCAGUCCUACCUCAUAUCACACCUCACACACUCCAAAUGGCCUCUCUUAUACCCAAUCCUCUCGCACCCAGCGCGCUUAUCAUCGUCGACAUACCUCACAACCGAGGGGAUACGAAGAAGGGACGACACCGCGCGUUCCCAGUGGCAGUUCUUCAUAUACGAAUACCAACGCGCUAUCGCUCCAUUUUGAUGCUUCGCUUUCAGUGCACGAUCAUGCCGUGCGUCCUUUCACAGGCGCUGGGAGUGGUUCUUUUACAAGUACCGGGCAUGGUCCGUCUACAAACACCGGACAUGGUUCUGUCACAAGUGGGGGGCAUGGUCCUUUUUCAAAUACAGGGAACGGCCCACAGAUCGUUGCUCCUACCCCGGUCGUUGGUGGGCCUAGUAUCGUGCAUAUGUGGGCUAAUCGCACAUGA